AUGAGCGUCCUCCGCAAAGCAUGCCGCCAAUGCACAGUCUCAAAACGCAAAUGCAUCGUUCAAGUCCCCAAGUGCAGCCGUUGCGCCCAAAAGGGUUUGUCAUGCACCUACGAUCUCGAACCCAUAAAUGCGCCUACUGGAAAAGCCGAACUGACCCCGCAACUCUCGUUUAAUCCAUCAAACUGCGAUACCCCCGGGUACUGCGUCUUCAAGACCUUGAAAAUAAGGCCGGAGGAUAUCGAUCCCGCGAUUUGCAGACCUGGCCAUGAAGACGCCUUUGAGUUAGUUCGAUUAGGGUUUCAGACCGUUCCAGAAAUGCUCAAAGCGGAUAAACCGGCGGUAUUUGUGCAUCCGAAACUCAAAACGCGCCUUCAUAGCUACGAUCACGUCGCUGUGUUGAGAGAGAUGGGGAGUGCCGCCGUUACCGAGCAGAACUUGACUAAUCUGCUUCAUCUAAACAUCAAGAGGGUCUCUAUGGAAGAAGCGCUCACAGCCGUGCAGGCGCUUUUAAUUUACCUUGCGACUAUCCUAUUUGCGCCAGAUGAAGGCGACAAUCCCGACUCAGUGCAAUACCUAAAUACCUUGUUCGCGUGGACACAAGCUCUUUUCCCGUCUGCACAAAACGAGAUGCCGCGCGAUCAAUCGCCAUGGCAGGAAUGGCUAUUUGCAGAGAGCGUCCGACGGACUAUUGUCAUGUCAUAUGCCCUCACAAUGGCCAUGUCGAGUUUCAAAUAUGGCUAUUGCUCGAAUUGGUUGUUCUUGGAAUCGUUGCCGUUUGAUAGUCGUGCAGGGCUGUGGGUGGCAGGAUCGCCGCAGGCUUGGAUUGCGGCUGCUCACGUGCGAACGGGAGAAGAAGUGGGUGAGCAGCUUAAAUCCUAUCAUGAGUAUUCAGAGAGUCGGAUGGGGAUGAAGGAUGAUUUUUAUGGAGAUAUAUUUUUGAAGUUGCUUGUGAAUAGCCAUAAUGGGGUGAACUAG